CUCCGCUCACUGAGUCCCUCCCCGCUCGGCUCAUGACUACCACGUCGGAGGUCGCGGCCGAUGGGCCAUCGGCCUUUUCCUUCCUGUCGCCGGCCGCCACGUCGCAUGCAUCCUCCUCGGAGGAGGAUGUUUCAUCGGCGGUUACGCCGAAGCCGGCUCCCGCGAUGCCUGCCGCCCAGGAGGAGGACUCCUCCAUGGCUGACGAGGAGGAUGCCCUGAGCUUGGCUUUGGCUUUGGCCGGUGUCGGCGACGACCUGGACAUCGACUACUCCCAUCAGCCGGAGCCGUCGGCCACUCGGGCGGACGAUCCCGCCGAGCCGGGCCCCGGGGCCCUGUCCCGGGAUGCUUCCGACCACCAGCCACCGCAUGAAGUGCUUGACGAUGAGGCGGUGGCUCCAUCGGCCUUCGGGUUCCUGAGCGCCGGGCCCGGCUCCCCGGUGGCCGUGAUCCCUGAUGGCGCCGCUGUUGCAUCCUCCUCCAGCAGCAUUGCCCUUGACGCUGAGGAUCCCCUUCCGGAGGGCGCCCCGGAGGAGGUGGACUCCCUGCCAGAGGCUCCCUCGCUCCUGCUGCUGGCCGGGUCGAGCGGGCAGCUGCCGCUGCCAAGCGAUGCGGCCAUCGACGAAAUCCUGUCCCUUUCCGCGGCCCAUGAGCACCGCUCGUCCCCGGUGUCGCAUUUGGCCCCGGCCACCCCGGGCCCCAUCGCCAAGAAGCCGAUCAAGCGGAAGAAGCGCUCGCAGGCCAUCGGUGUGGAGACCACCGCCGAGCGGCCGGUCCUCGGGGCCGCGCCCGAGCAAGCCGCUGCCCCGGUGCAGGCAGUGCCCCUGGCACAGCCAGCCGGCUCUGGGGCGCCCCACGAGCAGGCUACCAUCGAGAAGAUGACCGUUCGAAACUCGACCCUCCCACAGCCUGCCCGUGAAAGGCCCGCCAUCGAGGAGCCGGUCCACAUGCUGCCAGCCACGGAGGCGGCCCCCCUGUCGGAGGUGCCGGCCAUCGAGAAGUCGCCCCGGGCCCAGGCCAGCCGCAAGGAGGAGGCCGUCACAAAGCCACCCCAUUCGGGGGCCGAGAGCCCGGAGGGGCGGCCGGACGAGGCGCCGGCCGUGCAACGCCGUGCUCGUGCCCCCCGCGUCCGUGCCCCCUCGCCGGAGCCGGCCCCCGUGCCAGCGCCCGCACCUCCUCAAACCACCUCGCCCUCGUUCUUCAGCAACUUCAUUGACAAGCUGGCACGGCGGUCUUCCUCGGCUGGCAGUCCGCCGGCACUGGCCGGUCCGGCGGCCGACGAGUCAGCUCCUGAGCCCGGAGCUCGGCCACAGAGCGCCUCGCAGCCGGCCACCCCAUCCAUGCAACCGGGCGCGGCAGGCCGCCGGCCGGCGGCGGCGGCUGCCGUGACUGUUGCCACUUCGCCGGCCACCCCCCCGGCGAGGGGCGCCUCUGCCACGGGCGCCUCUUCGCCGGUGUUCCCGGGUGCCGGUAUGGCCGUCCCCGCUGCCAGUGCCCCUGCCAUGCCCACCACCCCGACCGCAUCCUCCUCCAGCGAUAGUCUCUCCCGUCGGGCGCGCCUCCGCGCGCACUAUUCCCUGUCUUCGGCCGACAGCGAGGACGACUUGCAAACCAGCGAGGAGGAAACGGUGCUGGGGUCGGCCGGUGCCGCCCCCUCGGCCCCGGUGGCCGGUGCUGCGGCAGGUGUCGGUCCGGUGUCCUCUUCGCCUCCCUCCUCUACUGCCUCUGGGCCGCUGCGUGCCUUGCGGCAGCACCGGUCAAUUGGCCUCGGCCAGCGUGUGCUCCAGCGCCUGGAGGCCGAGCAAUUGGCCGCGCCAGCCGACCUGGCCGAGCCGGCCGGGCCUGCUCCUGUGCGGAUGACCCGCCGGCGUGCCGUGCGCCCUGGCGUCGCCCCGGCCGCGGCCGAUGAUCAGGAGGAGGAUUCCCUGCAGGAGGUCCUCCGGCGCAUUGUCCAGUCGGUGGCCGCCGACACCGGGGCCGCCAGCCUGGCCGCCCCGGCCGACGAGCAGGAGGAGCAUGAUGCCGGGGAUGAGGAUGAGGAGGAUGACCUCAACCUGUCGGGGCUUGUGGUUCGGUCGCGCGCGCGGCCGGGCCCCGGGCCAUCGGCCACGUCGGACACGCGGCAACGCGUGUCCGGCGAGGCGCGCUUGCGGCAGCACAUGCUGGCCGGGGCGGAGCUCGGCCUGGCCACCUUCCCGCCAGGCGCCAAACUGUCCUCCGCCCUGGAGGCCGCCCUGCAGGCACCGGGCCCUGGCCAAGCUCUCGGGCGCAAUCCCUCGGCCGAAAAGCGCCUGCUGGAUAUCCUGACUGCCGAUAUCCAGGCCCUGUUGGUGGAUUCGCCCGGGGACGGCGGCGCCGGUGACCUGCUCGGCGAGGGGUUCGACGGUGAUGUGGAGCUCGGCCAGGAUGACGACCCGGCGGACCAUCCGCUGGCCGGGCUGGCCGGUGAUGGUGAGGAGGACGAUUUGGUCGGGCCCGGGGCCGGGAUUUCCAGCCAGCUGGGCCUGGUGAAAUCGGCCGUGGCUCGAGUGGGCUCGCUCUUGUCGCCGGCCGGUGAGCAGUCGCCGGCCGAGGAUCUGGCCCUGGUGGCGGAUUUGGAACGGCUGACCCUCUUCAGUGAGGACGAGUACCUCGAUGGCGAGGCCGAGUCGACGGCGGCCGGCCCCCUCGGGGGGGAGCAACUCCCCGGGCUGGACCUGGUGCCUGGCAGUGAGGGCACCACCGAGGGCAUGACCAGUGGUGGCCAGUGGCGUGCCCCCUGGCUCGAGGACUCGACGGCCCUGCCGGCGGCCCUGCGCCCGGAUGUCCUGGCCCUGGACAACAUCGAGCACUUGCUGCUGCUGCCGCCGGCCCCGGCGGUCGGCGGCUCGGUCACGGCCCCGGACACCGGCCGCCGCUGGGAGAAGCUCCUGCAGGGCGCCUCGCCGGCCGCACGCGAUCGGGCCAUGGACCUGCUCCUGUCCCUGACCGAGUGCGAAGUGGAGAUGAGUGGCUUCCAUCCGCCGGCCGCCAGCAUCGCCGCCUCGGCCGGGGGCCCGGGGCCCGAUGGCAGUGAUGUUGGCAUUUCCACCUCCGCGCCUGCCGGGCAGGAUGGCACCGCCGAGCAUGACAAUGCGGUGGCCCUGCUCCUGGGCAGCCUUCGGACAUUGGCCCGGCUGCAGGCGGACCUUUUGCGCGUGGCGCGCCUUGGCGCCGCGGCCAUCGCCAACCAGGACUGGGCCGAGGCCGAGCUCCAGGAGCAGGUUCUGCAUGGCCUGCGUGCCAGUGUGACGGCCGAGCGUCGGAAGCUGCUGAUCAUCCUGGAGACCCUGCGCGAGCACCAUCAAGUCCGGACAGCAGUGCUGGAGGCCGGUGCUGCGGUGGAGCUUGAACUGUCGGCUGGCCUGGCCCAAUUGAAGGAUACCGAGCAUGAUACCUUCUCGCGGCGGACGGCCGCGCAUGCGGCCCGGCUGUCCCGGCGGCAGACGCGCCUGCGUCUGCUGACCACCCGACUGCAAAAUGCCCAGACGCAUCUGGCCUCGCAUGCGACUGCCAUCGACCAGGCCACCGGGGCCCUGCUGGCCGAGGCGGCCGCCGUCCGCCGGGCCGAACAGGCCCGGCGAGUUGAGCUCUUCGCCGAGCGGUCGGCCCUGCGCGACGAAAUCCUGGAACUCGAGACCCGGCUGGCCGGGCUGCGCGCGCGCGAGGCCGAGGUGGAUCGGGCCAUCCGUGAGGAGCGUGCGCAGGCGGUUGCUGCGGUGACCCUCCUGUCGGAGGAGGCCCAUCGGCUGCGCCGGUCUCGGCGGAGCAUCGCCCAGCGCCGGGCUGCCCUGGAUCUGGCCCGGCGGGCGGAGGGGAUGGCACGCGAUGCGGCACAGCGCGACUCACGUCGGGCUCGCCGUCGCGAGGCCCACCGGUCUUUGGCGGUUCUCAGCUUUGACCGGCAAUCGCGCGCCAUCAAGCGCCGUGCCCAGGUUCUUUUGCGCGAGUCGAAUCUCGUGCGAGACUACCUGCACCGCUCGACGGCAGUUCUGCCCGGCGUGGACAUCCCCCUCACCGGCACCGAGGAGCUGCAUGCCCCGGAGGCCGGUGUCGAGCCUGGGCAAGUGGUGGCCCCCUCCGAGGAGGUGGCCCUGGAGCGCGGGCGCCUGAAUGCCGGGCAGGCGGCUCGCCGUGCGCGGCGCCUUCAUCGCCAGGCCGAGGGGGUUCUGAUGGGCCUGCAGGACGACCUGCGGGAUCUGGAAACCCGCAAAAUCCGCCCGCUGCUCCAGCAGGAGCAGCGUGCCGCCGCUCUCGGGGACUUCCGCGCGGCCGGUCGCCACCGGCAGGCGGUUGAAGCCCUGCGCGCCGGGCCGGAGCGUGUCCUCCGGGCCCAGGUUGCCCACCUGGAGGGGGUUGUGCUGCCGGAGCGGCAGGCGGCUCUGCUCCAAGCCGAGGCCGAGUGGCGCCAUGCUGAACGCCAGAUGCAGGAUCUGGACUGCCGCCGGUCGCGUCUGGCUCUGGCCUUGGUGACCGGGCGACUGGGCGAAGAGGCCGACUCCCCGCCCGCGGGCCGGGCUCCUGGCAUUCGGCCCCUGCGCCGGGUGGCCGCCCAGCAAGCUGCUCAUCGGACCGUGCGUGAUCUCCUGCUCGGGGAGCAUGCCCGUCUGUUUGUCGAGCGCGCCCUGCUGGAGACGCUGCUGCUGAGUGCGGCGGCCUUUGCCGGAGUGCGCGACCGGCCUGUGCCCGAGGAUGGCCAGGACCACCCGGAUGCGGCGUCGUCGGCCGACGACGCCGGUCCGGCUCCGGAGGUGGCCUUCGAUGAGUCGGCCCUGGGCCCGGAUGUCCUCGACCUGGAAAGCGCCCUGGAGGACUUCCUUCAUGCUGAGCGCCUGUGGGAGCGGGCUCUGCCGGCUGCCACGGACGCCGCCCCGUCGGACAGCAACAUGCCUGCGGGCACCCCGGAUGACACCGCCCCUGGCGAGGGAGACACCCACCAGGACUCUGCCCCGGUCGUGGGCGAGACCUCGGAGCCUUCCCAAACCGGAGGGCAGGACGACGCCCGAUCAGAGGAGGGGCUCCCUGCCGAUGGCUCUCAGGAGGCUGCCGCCACUCCGACCGAUGAGGAUGCGGCCUCACAAGCCGAGGAGUCGGACAAGGAGGCCACAGCCUAGAGAGGCUGCCUCCCUCCCUCCCUCUCUCUCUCUCUCUUGCUGCCGCCGCCCCGCUCCCUCACUCUGGUUCGAGCGCGCGCAUUUGCGUGGGCCCCUGGGAAGCGAGUGAAACUGUUGCAUAUAUCACGUGUCUGGGAGGAUCGAAAUGUCCAGAAACGCCUGCCUCCUUCUCUUGCGUCUCUUUCGAGCGGCGUGUCCGGGCUCCUCUCGCCCCCCCCCCCC